AUGACGGGUCCCCAAGAAAACUCCGACAUGGAUAUCUUUGUCGAAAAAAAUGCCCUUGAGAAAGUUGUCGACUCCCCUCCUAGUGAGUCGGAAGGCAUUGUAAAGGACUGGGAUGGCGAAGAGGCUGCAGUGAAGCGCAAGGUCGACUUCAUUCUCCUACCUGUCCUCGCCCUAGCCUUCUUCUCCAUGCAGAUGGAUCGAGGCAAUAUCAGUGCAGUGUUGACCUCGACCAUCACCAAAGACCUCCAUAUCACGACAAAUCAAGUCAACAUCGGAACACAACUUUUAUCUGCAGGCAUCGUGCUCUCGGAGAUCCCGUCAAACAUAAUUAUGCAACGAAUUGGACCCCGUGUUUGGCUAUCGGGUCAACUCUUUGCCUGGGGCCUGGUUGCAACCUUCCAGGCAUUCGUGCAGUCCUACCCGGCAUACCUGGUGACUCGAAUUCUAUUGGGCUUCUGUGAGGGUGGUUUCAUUCCUGGUGCUCUUUACUACUUGUCGACUUGGUACAAGAAGGAUGAGACCAGUCUCCGGACCAGUCUUUUCUUUUACGGUCAGAUGUUUGCCUCUGCAACAUCCAGCUUGAUCUCGGCCGGUUUACUCAAACUUGCGGGUACUCAUGGACUUGAGGGAUGGCGAUGGAUAUUCCUCGUUGAGGGUCUCAUGACACUCUUCAUCGGAAUUGUCUUUACGCUGUUUGUUCCACCCAAAGUAGGCGAUGGUCGUGCCUUGAUCGGCUUCGGUCGCUGGAACUAUUUUACGGAGAGGGAAUCCCAGAUUAUCCGUAACCGUGUCCUGCUUGAUGAUCCUCGGAAAGCCCGCGGUCACAUUCAAAUCUCCCGAUCCGAUAUAUGGAACACCGUGAAGCAGCCUCGCAUUCUGCAGCACGUUUUCUUGACUCUUGUCUCCAUGUCCGGCUUCCAAGGUCUGACUCAGUACACCCCUACCAUGAUCAAGUCAUUGGGAUUCAGUGCCAUUCGUGCCAAUGCACUGGCAUCCGUUCCGGUGUACUGCGGUAUCGUGUGGCUGACGGCAUUGUCCUUUGCUUCAGACUGGACCGGCCAUCGCGGACCGUUCGUAAUAAUCGCCAUUACCUGGAACGUCAUCUCGUAUGUCUGCCUGCGAACAACCUCAUACGCCGCUGGGAAGUGGCACCGAUACGCUGUUAUCGCCAUCGCCAACGUCUCGUAUUGCAGUAUGCAUAUUCUGAACGUGGGCUGGCUUUCCAUUUACUGCAAGUCGCCCCAGGAGCGAAGCGUGGCCAUGGCUCUGGUCGUCAUGGCUGCGAAUUGCGCUGGAAUCUCCGGUUCCCAGAUUUUCCGCACAGAAGAUGCGCCCAAGUAUAUACAGGGACUCACGGCAAUUUGCGCUCUGGCCGGGGCUUCAUGGGCGUUGGCGGCGGUGCUCAGUGCACAGUAUUACACCCGUCGACGCAAGACAAGUUCAAAUGAUCAAGAGUCGAGUCCUGUCGCAAAAUAA